CUUGUUAUCGCGAAAGAUCUCUAAUCGUUCGAGCAUCGGAGAGACAAAGACCGGACUCUCCGUGUCUUAACCUCAAAGCCCUUGAAGCUAAUCCAAUGGCGGUCUCUCAGGUUUCCGUUUCGAAACCCAUUGUGUCGCCCAACAAGAAGAAGAAGAGCAACAAGAAUCUAACGCAAUCUCAUUCAGAAUCAGAUCCUGUACAGAACCAGCAAGAGGAGGCACCAUUGCUUCCUCAACCUCCUAGUUAUUCUCCAUCUAAGCGGACGAAAUGUCCUGGAGUUCGUGUUGUUGGGGGCCGAAUCUACGAUCGCGAGAAUGGAAAGACCUGCCACCAGUGCCGGCAAAAAACCAUGGAUUUUUCAGCUUCCUGUAAGAAUCGGAAGAAUGACAAUCUCUGUCCCCAAAAGUUCUGCCAUAAAUGUCUCCUGAACAGAUACGGGGAGAAGGCAGAGGAGAUGGCAAUGUUGGAUGAAUGGAAAUGUCCCAAGUGCAGAGGCAUCUGCAAUUGUAGUGUAUGCAUGAAGCGAAGAGGACAUCAACCUACUGGUCUUCUUGUUCACACUGCCAAGGCAACUGGGUUUUCCUCUGUUUCAGAAAUGUUGAAUUUGAAAGGCCCUGAAAAUUUGGCCUUGGAGGAAACCAAGCAGACUGCUUUAAACAAGGACCCUGUGGCCACUCCAAUAAGAAAAUGUGGCAAGGAAAACUCUUUUGAUGGGAAAAAUGAUUCAAAGUCGCAACCUGUGUCUUCAAUAUCAGAUGGUAAGGGUGACAAAGGAGAAUGCAGGAGCAAGAAAGUAAGACAUAAUGACAAUGCUGGUGAAGGCGGCAUUACUACUGCUUCUUUGAAAAAGCACAAGGCUUUUAAAAAUGUGGUUGCUACUCCAAAUGAGCAUACUACUCCAAACAAGGAGCCAGUAACAUUUCCAACAAGAAAAUAUUUCAAGGAAAAAAAUGACUCAAACUUGCAACCUACUCCUUCAACCUUGGAUUGUGAAGUUAAAAAGAGAGAAGAAAGCAGGCGGAAGAAGUUAAGACAGAAGGACAGUGCUGGUAAAGGUAGCAAAUGUGGUAACUCUUUAUUUGAAAAGAAAAGCUCUAAGGUGUCUCAAAAUUCUGAAGAGAACCCUCAGAAGCUAAUCAAAAAAGAAGAGAAGAGAAGUCAAUGUAAUGAUGGAUGCCCAAACAAGGUGAAUUCUGAGUUGCAGAUUCCUAAGAAGACUUCUCUGGAUCCCAGAAAGAAAGAAGGGAAAAAGGAUGAAGGGGAUAGCUUUUUACCAGAUUGUGAUAAAACAGUUCUAUAUGGGAAUAUGGAUAAUGCCACAACCAGGCCCAAGUUGGUGACCAAAUCUCGAGGUGCUAGGAAGAAUACAAUGACAACCAACACUUCUAGUGUUGAUAUCCAGUUGCCUCAGGGUGCUAAUCUAACAAUUGUGGCAGGGAUUGAUUUAGCCACCGAUGAUGUUGGACAUGCCUUGCAAUUCCUGGAAUUCUGUGCUGCUUUUGGGCAGGUUCUUGAUUUGAAGAAAGGGCAGCCUGAAUCAAUUCUUCAGGAACUACUAUGUCGACGCAGUGGGCGUCGAAUUCAUAGAACACAGUACUCUUCGAAUGUCCAGUUUCACACUCAGUUGUUGUCUCUGAUACAAAAAGACUUGGGAGAAAAGUCUCAUCUGUUAAGUAAAACCAGCAGCAGGGAUUCAUGGCUGAAAGCUCUUGGAAAAUGCAUCUCUGAAUCCCAUUUCGUGUUGAAAGACUUGCCAGUGGACUGUUUUGAUAGGGGUGGUGAUAGCUAUGAUAAGCUGGACUCCUCCCAAAAGCUGAGAGUCUUGAAUUUUCUGUGUGACGAAACUCUUGGCACUGUAAAAUUGAGGAAUUGGAUUGAUGAACAAAAUUCAAAAUUUGUUGAGAGAGAGAAGGAAGCCAAAGAAAAGGUUCUUGCUGCAAAAAAUAAGGAAAAAUGCUUGAAGCGGAAGCUGCUGGAUGAUGUGGCCAAGGCCAUCCAGUUGAAAAAUGGUGCACCUCUUUCGAUAUCUGAGCAUGAGUAUCUUGUUUCAAGAAUUAAAGUUGAAGCGGCUAAAGCUCAUUCAGAGAUACUAGAAGCAAUGGGCAUGGUACCUAAGAAUAUUGACAACUUGGAUUGGGUUAGACCUGAAGAGAAGUGGUAUACUUAUGAUGUUGAACAAACAAAAGUGGUUGAGAAUUAUAUAUCUUCUUUUAGAACUAAGGGGAUCAAGAGUGUGGCAGUUUCUGGCAUAUUUCCACUGGGGAGUUCUGAAGGAAGUCUAAAGCAUGAAUCUCCAGAUAUAGUAGUUGUGGACAGUGAAGAUGACCAGGAGAGUUAGCUACUGUUGUGCUCUUCAUUCAUUGCUAAGGCAUUUUGAAGUUACUAACAUGUAGAUGUUCACACCUGCUACUAAGUUGUACCAAUCAAAGCCCCAAGAUUAUGUAUCCAUUUUUGAGUGUUGAUGUUAAGGGCCAUUCCAAUUGUUGCCCUCAAUCUAAAUGUAUCAAAUUUGGUUGUUCCUGUUUGACUUAGUAAUGAAAAUAUUUUGCCCAGUGUUGGACUUAUCAUA